AUGUCAUCGUCAACAGCUGGUCCGGAUGAGCGACGAAGUGCCAAAAACUUGGUGAAAGACAUUGCCAAAGAACAUGGAUACAUCGGCGAAGAGAUUUUGCUGGGUAUUCCAGAAGACAGACGCAGGAUGAUCGAGGAUGCUCUUCUCAAGAAGGAUCAGAUGAUCGGAUCUUCCGUCAUCACGCUAGCGAAGAAUCUCUACUCAAGCAAGGCCCGAUUCGUCUUCGAGCUCCUUCAAAACGCCGACGACAACCAGUACACCAAAGCUGCCGCUGAAGGCUCGGUGCCCUUUGUUCGCUUUACGGUCUUUCCCCGAAAGAUUGUCCUCGAAUGCAACGAAGAUGGUUUCACCCCUCAAAACUUGACAGCUAUCUGCUCGAUUGGAAAGAGCUCCAAGACCGGGGCUCACGGGUACAUUGGAGAAAAGGGUAUUGGCUUCAAGUCCGUCUUCAUGGUGGCCUGGAAAGUUCACAUCCAAUCGGGGCCCUUCUCGUUCUCUUUCAGGCACAAAAAUGGUGAUUCGGGGAUGGGCAUGAUUUCACCCGUAUGGGAGGACAUCGAAGAGGAGUUGGAGUCGCCAUUAACAAGAAUCACUCUCCAUCUCCACGAAACUGGCGACAAAGGGGCAAUCCGAGCGCAGUUCGAAGAACUGCAAGAGACGGUUCUAAUGUUCUUAAGAAACAUUCGAAAGGUCGUCGUCAGGUUCUACGACCAGGAUGGACAACAACUGUCUUCAGUCACACAUACGCUCACUUAUCCGCAAGAACACCGGGCCAGACUGCAACGAGUCGAAGUCGUCAACGGAAAGUCAGAGGAACAGAUCACGCAUUUCCAUAUAACACGUCACGAUGCAGAUGGCCUUUCCCGGAACGAGAGCAGGACUUACUCCGAUGCAGAAGAAGCUUCUCGGGCAUAUGAAAAGUCCGAAAUCGUCCUCGCAUUCCCGCUUUCGCAUAGUUCGGCGCCCAUAAUAGAGCCUCAAGACGUUUUUGCAUUCCUCCCUGUGAGGAAAGUUGGGUUCAAUUUUCUCAUCCAGGCCGACUUCGUCACAACUGCCAACAGACAGGAUAUCGUCGGGGAUUCUUCUCGAAACUUGAGCCUCAUCCCAGAAAUCGCGAACGCGUUCAUAAUUGCAGCAUCGCAGUUCUGCGAAUACGCCACCUUGCGGUACGAAUGGCUAAAGUACUUGCCAGAUCGUCAAGACAACUCUCGAGCGAAAAUUUGGGAUGACUUAGUCGAUGCUAUCUCUGGAAAUCUGAUCGAUGCAAAAGUGUUUUACGACAACAAAAGUCUAGCAUUGCGAGAUCUAUCAGACCUUUAUCGUCCAGAGGAAGCCCACUUCGACGAAUACGGGGAGCUUCUCUUGGACGAUGGUAGCCCGGGACAGGUAAUCUCGCGACACUACAGCAAAGUAGCCCUCGAUACUCUAGACGACUACGAGAGUCUUACGUCCAUAGGUCUCCCGCAGGUCAGCAGGUGGUUGGAAGCAGAUCUCAGAGAUUCAGCGUCAUCACGUAUGAAGUCGCCAGAAACCACAAAAGACUGGCAUGAGCGCACAGCAAGGCUUCUGAACUCUGCCUUGGCCUACAGUCUCCUCUUGUAUGGAAGAUCCAGGAAUGAGAUAUCGGAGCUCAAAGCAAUGGAUCUCAUACCCCUUCAAGACGGAUCCUGGGUCUCUGCUGCGCCGCCAGCGAACAUUUACUUUUCUCAAGUCCGCGGCCUGAAUAUACCUUCCACCUUGGGCUUAAGGCUAGUUUCGAGAAAGGUGGUAAGUCCUCAACGACUGAAACUGUUCAAGUCUCUGGGCGUCAAGACCGCUUCGAUCAGCCGUGUGCGAAAGACAAUCGUAAAUGAUUACGAUCCAGACGAUGACGUGAUGGGACAUCUCACCACCGAAACCUCAAGAGACCACCUGGAAUUUCUCUAUCUAACUGAGAACCUGACGGACGAGAAACUUUCGUACCCGGACAUCCUUGUUUGCGACGACGUUGGACUGCUUUGUCAUCCGCAGCACGCGUACUUCAACAAUCAUGACACCGAGGUUCUCAAAUCCACACCCCCUGGUCCAAAUCCUGGAGAUGGAGCACCAGGGUACUUUUUCAAAGCAUUUCUCGACAAUGCAUACUUUGAUGACCAGCCGGAUACUCCAGACAACCAAACGAUGACAUGGUACGAAUGGUUCAGCAAAAGAUUGAAAGUCAUGACGAACGUCAAACUUCCAUCAAGGGAUGGGAUAUUGCCAAUGGAUUUGAAGUAUGUUCAUGAAUACAGACCGGAGAAGUUCUUGAGUUGUCUCGUUGAAGGUUACGCCGCAUCUCACGGCCUCGAGGAUCUAACGCUUGAGGGCAUCGGCAGACUUCGAGGGACAGAUGUUCUUUGCGUAGGAAACCAUCUGCGUCCCCUCGAGGACACUUACUUUCCUGCGCGACCGCUGAAAAGUCUCCUCGCAAGAUAUGUCGAUGAAGACACCGUUUUCCCUUGGCUUUGGCUUGACUCCGAAGAGAUUUACGAGACUCCUCCACCAAAUUGGAAAAGAUUUCUUUCAAGACUUGGAGUCGGCUUAUGCGAAGACCACCUGAAGUUUGCACUCGACAUGCUCGAAUACUCUGUUGGCGCUUUGUCGCAAGACCCCGUGGCUUCUGCAAGGUUAUUCGCAUUAUAUCAAUACGUACAGACGCAAUAUCAAGGAUCUGAUAAUCGGGUUGAAGCUGCGGACAAGAUAAGGGACGUCUUUUUAACACAGAAAUGCAUCUAUAUACCACUUCAAGAUGGCAAAUGCAAAUGGGUGCUCCCUGACGAGUGUGUCUGGAGCGCGCCCUUCGAUAUGGAGGGCAAAUUUGCCCUGGAGCGGCUAUAUGAGCCUUGGCUGAGCGUCGACCACGUUACAAGCUCCGUCUGUAUGAACUUGUUCAAAACCACGAUCGGCGUCGAAGACUGCAACUGGAGCAUCCUUGUCGACGAGCUGAGAACGCUCAAAAGAAUGGGUUGCGAUGACAUUGAUAGGAUCAGAAACAUCUACCAGGCUUUGGAUGAUCUAACAAGUACCCUCCUCUCAGUUGACAUGGAAGAACUGCGCAAUUCUCACUCCUACAUCAGUGGUGAGAUUUCCCCGCGAACACAGAUUGCAACUCCUUGCGAAAGCAACAACAUGGCUUCCGAGGCAGCAAAGCUCGCAAUUCUCAUCGACGCAGACAAUGUGCGGCCCUCGGUGGCUGGUCCAUUGCUCGCCGAAGUCGCCAAAUACGGUACUGCCUUCGUGAGACGAGCCUAUGGUGACUGGACCGGGACCAGCCUCAAGGGCUGGAAGGACCAGCUCCUCACACAGUCGAUCCAGCCCGUCCAGCAGUUCGCAUACACUCAAGGAAAGAACGCGACGGACUCUGCCAUGAUCAUAGACGCCAUGGAUCUACUCUACACCAAACGCUUUGACGGCUUCUGCCUCGUUUCCAGCGACAGUGACUUCACUCGUCUGGCUUCUCGGAUACGCGAGUCCGGCCUCGUUGUGUAUGGUUUUGGAGAGCACAAGACGCCUAAGCCCUUCGUCUCGGCAUGCGACAAGUUCAUCUACUUCGAGAACAUCAUCCACGAUGAGCAAAUCGCAGUUCCGCCUGUAAGCCCCGUCGUCAGCAGCCCGCCGCCGCAAGAGCGACCGCAGUCUACCCUGGUUAAGAGUGACUACGGCCUGAAGAAUUUGCUGCGAAAGGCAGUUGAAGCAACGUCAGACGAAGAUGGCUGGGCGAACUUGGCCAAAGUCGGCGCGCUCAUCACCAAACGGCAUCCCGAUUUCGACCCUCGCACGUUUGGAUACCUCAAGUUGGGCGAUUUGGUUACCGACACUGAUCUUUUUGAUAUCGAUCGUCGGAGACCUGGAGAGGGAAAGGCAAUAGUGAUGUAUGCGCGCGAUAAGCGCUCAAAGCGUGUGAACGAGCCUUGGCGGCCAACUCAGUUGAUAUGA